CCUCCGCCUCCUCUGGUCUCCUCUAGUCCGUAGGAUCCCAUUCAUCAUGCGCGCGACCUUCACCUCCCUCCUGGCUACAGCCGGACUGGCUCGCGCCGCUCGCCCCUACCUGGAAUUCCCCGACACGGGAGCAGCAGAACAAUAUGGCACCAUUGAAGCUGGAGGCGCAUUGCCCGAUGUCGCGACGGUCGUGGGACUGCCCGACUUCCAGUAUCUCGCCGAGCAGUACAUGAACCUCACGGCCUACACCUACUACCGCAAUGGUGCCGCUGGCGAAUGGUCCUACCGGAAUAACCUCGAAGUCUUUGAGCGCAUGCGCUUCCGACCCCGCGUCAUGACCCAAGUCGAUAACAUUGAAGACUCCCUCCCCACCACCAUUCUCGGCUACAACUUCUCUUCGCCCUUCUUCAUCUCUCCCUGUGCGCGCGCAGGCUAUGCCGGUUCCUGGGGCGAGCUCGGCCUCCAGGCAGGCGCUGCAGCCGGCAACAUUCUCUAUCAAGUGACGGAUUUCCCUUCGAUUCCCAAAGAAGAACUGCAAGCUGCUCGAGCAGAGGGACAAAUCACCUUCCAACAACUCUACAUUGACCCGAGCAACGACACGGCCACACUGGAGCAAAUCCGCGAAACCGAAAGACUAGGCUUCCACGCCAUCGUUCUCACCGUCGACUCGGCCGCCGACGGUAACCGCCACCGCGCCGCCCGCUUCGGCGUCGGCAGCGCCGACUCCUCCUACUCAUCCAUCACGUGGGAAAAGUACAACUGGAUGCGCUCGCAAACCGACCUCCCCAUCGUGCCCAAGGGAAUCCAAACGGUCGAAGACGCCAUCAUCGCACACGAAAACAACGUCCCCGCCAUUUUCCUCUCCAACCACGGCGGUCGCCAAGUCGACAGUUCCCCCUCCACCUUUGAAGUCGCCCUCGAAAUCCACGAACAAGCACCCUAUAUUUUCCAAGAUCUCGAAGUCUGGGCCGACGGCGGCGUGCGCUAUGGAGGCGAUGUCGUCAAAUUAUUGGCUUUGGGAGUUCGAGCCGUGGGAAUUGGCAGACCGUUUAUGUUUGCGAAUAUUUACCCUGAUGGAGCGGGUGUCAAGCGUGCCAUUGAUAUUAUGAAGAGAGAAGUCGCUAUUGAUGCGGCGAAUAUUGGAAUUGGGAAUUUGAAAGAUGCGGAUGCUACUUGGUUGGAUUUGAAGAGGGGGUUGAGUUGGGCUCCUGGGUCGUAAGGAGAAAUAAAGAGAGAGAGAGGAUUAGAAGUGGAGUGAAAGUGAAGUAGGUAGAUGUUUUACUUUUCUCUGUGGUAUAUAUGUAUACUCUUUUUCUCUUUUUCGCCUAGAGAUGAAUUUUUGUUGAAGAAUGAGAAGAAUGAUCAUCCA